UAAGAGAUCUGUAAGAGGUCAAGGAGGCAGAAGGAGCAGCUGCAAAAACCUUCAACUGUGUGAAGAAGCAUGGGGUGUAAUCGAAGCUGUGGCUUGCUGACUGUUGCAAUCAUCGGGGCGGUGUUGGCCAUCCUUGGCGGUAUUCUGAUUCCAGUUGGAAAUCACUUUGUUGAGAAGACAAUAAAAAAGGAAACAGUCAUUGAAAAUGGUACAACCAUUUAUUCGAACUGGAUCGUUCCUGGGAGUCCAGUCUACAGACAGUUUUGGUUCUUUGAUGUACAGAACCCAGAGGAUGUGAUGGAGAAUGGUUCAGCUCCAAUACUUCAGCAGAAGGGCCCGUACACUUACAUGGUGCGAUAUCUACCCAAAGAAAACAUCACUGAACAUGAAGAUGCCACAGUGUCUUACCUCCUGCCAAAUAUUGCUCUCUUUCAACCUGAUAUGUCAGUUGGGUCAGAAAAUGACACUUUCACCAUUGUCAACCUUGCUGUUGUGGCUGCACCUACUUUGUUUCCAUCUAUGGUUCAAAUAAUGGAUCUCCUCAUGCAAUCUUCAAAAUCAAAAUUCCUCCAAACUAGAACUGUGAAAGAAAUACUUUGGGGCUAUGAAGAUCCUUUCUUGAAACUAAUUAAAAUACCAAGCAUUGAUAAAGUUGUCGGAGUGUUCUAUCCCCACAAUGAAACAUAUGAUGGCCCUUACAGAAUUUACACUGGGAAAGAUGAUAUAAAGAAGGCAGGAAUUAUCCACAGUUAUCAAUACAACAGGACCGUUAAUUAUUGGGAAGGUCAUUGUGGUAUGGUGAAUGGCACUGAUGGGUCAUCGUUCCCCCCUUUUGUCAGCAAGGAUGAUAAGCUGUAUAUGUUUUCCUCAGAUAUUUGCAGGUCAGCCUAUGGAAUAUUUGAUAGUGAGCAGACAGUGAAAGACAUCCUGCUUUAUCGCUUUAGUGUCCCUGAAGCAAUUACAGCUGCGCCCUCUGUUAAUCCUGAUAAUAUAUGCUUUUGCACUGACAAGGAGAUAAGUGACAACUGUACAACAGGUGGAAUAAUAGAUAUCAGCUCCUGCAAAGAAGGUAACAGAGGAAAAAUGGGAGGGUUCGGUACCAUAAAUCUGUGUGGGUUAGUGUAAUUGACAGGGAAGAGUGAGAUCUAGCAAUUUGAUUUCAAUAACUUUAAUUAACAUUGGAAUUUUAUGUAUUCAAUGAUUUGUACAAUUCAUGGGGGCAUUGUGCAUCGCUGUACUAAAGCCAGACUGUAACCCUUCCGGAACUUAAUUGUGUCAUUGGUAUCACACAAUGGACCUACAAUGGACCCAUGGAACCAAUUAGAAAAUAAGGUCUGAGCAAUUUUACAAAUUCUUUUGAAGUUUUGAUUUGGAUCAUGUCCAAUCUGCAUAGCAUACUAGGGGAAUUACUUGGGGAAUACGUUCACCAAGAGGUCUGCUGUCGUCCCAAAGACAGAACGUCUCCUUUCUUCCAU